AUGGCAACACCGGAAUUUCUACAGUUUGUAAGCUACAUGGGUACAGAAUUAAAUGUGAAUAUGUCGAUAUUCGCAGACCUCUACGUUAAUUACACACAAUUCCAGCCGCCAGUUCUGUGUAACCAUUUUUCAUAUUUUGGAAACAUUAUUAUGACAAUGCGAAAGCAAUUGAAGAACAAACCCGUCACAGGGAUGUUUUUAAUACACCACCAAAGGAUCCACGACAACUAAAACCUAUUUCAACACAACUACCUGAUGCAUUAACCCAGUAUAAUCAAGACCUAUUUCAAAAUUUCACCUUGGAACCACCUACUAAACCCACAACAAGAAGCACUGAUCAUGCAGACGAAACAUUUGGUCGCGACGAACAAAGCACAGCCCCAAUAUCACCCGACAAUACAAUGUACCCUACUACUAUUAUACCUACCAUAGAUAAUAUUGAAAUACUCGAAACAAGUAUCAAACAAGAUCCCCACGAACCAAAUGAAAUAACAUCGAGUGAUGCAGCUACCUAUAACGACUCAACAACACCUACUCCACUCAUUCAUCGUGGAAAAAAUAUUGAGCAAAUGAAAGCAAACUACCAGAACGAAAGUAUAAAACCGAAACCCAGAAAACGAAAACGUGACCCAAACGACAAAAUACCUCACGGUCGCCCAACAAAAGAUUCAGCCAUGCUUCGCGACGCAACCCAUGUUGAAAAAACCGAAUUAGACUUGGGAAGCGACGAUGAUUCACAACUUGCAAUUCGCGAAGUUCAACUUCUAAGCAGUAACGGAUCCAUUCGAAAGAAAUUUAAACUUUUAACAAGACACGACAAAGACAAUCAAUGCUUUCAUAUAAAACACUACGCAUCACUAGAAUAUAUAGCAGAAAAUAAGAAAACAGCUUUUGAAACUAUUAAACAACAAAGAACCAAAUUGAAAAACCUUAACUAUUUAGAACAAAAUACUCUUGCUAAUAUAAAAGAAAACGACACUUUGUAA